UGGAGCGUGGGUUCGCGUACCUCCGCGGGUUUCCUGCGCCGGUGGCGCGCAGUUCCCAGAGAACCGACAAGCUGCGAAAGUCGAGGGUCGCCGCACGCCAGCCUUGGCUCCGUGCCUGCGCGCGCUGGGGAGCGGGCCGAGCCCGCCAUGGCUCACCGCUGCCUGCUGCUAUGGGGCAGGGGCGGCUGCCGUCGCGGCCUCUCCUCAUGCUCUUACUUUGCUGUCAUGUUGCAGCUUUAUCAGUGUGCAACAGUGCAGACAACAGCCAGAAACUCUCUUCUGAGGGAUGUGAUUGCUGCUUAUCAAAGAUUCUGUUCCCGACCUCCCAAAGGAUUUGAAAAAUACUUUCCUAAUGGAAAAAAUGGAAAAAAGGCUACUGAACCCAAGGAAGCUGCUGGAGAAAAAAAAGACUCACAACCAGCGGCUCCCAAGUCUUCUGGAGGUGCAGGUGGGGGAGGGAAGCGCCGUGGCAAGAAAGAAGAUUCUCACUGGUGGUCCAGGUUCCAGAAGGGUGACUUUCCAUGGGAUGAUAAGGAUUUCAGGUUGUACUUUCUCUGGACUGCUUUCUUUUGGGGUGGAGUCAUGAUUUACUUCCUGUUCAAGAGUUCUGGGAGAGAAAUCACAUGGAAGGAUUUUGUCAAUAACUACCUUUCUAAAGGAGUGGUGGACAGACUAGAAGUUGUCAACAAGCGUUUUGUUCGUGUGACCUUCACACCAGGAAAAACUCCGGUUGAUGGGCAAUAUGUCUGGUUUAACAUUGGCAGUGUAGACACCUUUGAGCGGAACCUGGAGACUUUGCAGCAAGAAUUGGGCAUAGAAGGGGAGAACCGGGUACCUGUGGUCUAUAUUACUGAAAGUGAUGGCUCCUUCCUGCUGAGCAUGCUGCCCACAGUGCUCAUCAUCGCGUUCCUACUCUACACCAUAAGGAGAGGGCCCGCUGGCAUUGGUCGGACUGGCCGGGGAAUGGGCGGACUCUUCAGUGUUGGGGAAACCACGGCGAAGGUCUUAAAGGAUGAGAUAGAUGUGAAGUUCAAAGACGUGGCUGGCUGUGAGGAGGCCAAGCUAGAAAUAAUGGAAUUCGUGAAUUUCCUGAAAAACCCAAAGCAAUAUCAAGACCUCGGAGCAAAAAUUCCAAAGGGUGCCAUUCUCACCGGCCCUCCAGGUACUGGUAAGACGCUGCUAGCUAAGGCCACAGCUGGAGAAGCCAAUGUUCCUUUCAUCACUGUCAGCGGAUCUGAAUUUCUGGAGAUGUUUGUGGGUGUUGGUCCAGCCAGGGUCCGAGACUUAUUUGCCCUUGCUCGGAAAAAUGCCCCUUGCAUUCUCUUCAUUGAUGAGAUCGAUGCUGUGGGAAGGAAGAGAGGUCGAGGCAACUUCGGAGGGCAGAGUGAGCAGGAGAACACGCUCAACCAACUGCUUGUGGAGAUGGACGGCUUCAACACAACCACCAAUGUGGUCAUCUUGGCAGGCACAAAUCGGCCAGACAUCUUGGAUCCAGCUCUUUUGAGGCCAGGCCGCUUUGACAGGCAGAUCUUUAUUGGACCCCCAGACAUAAAAGGACGAGCCUCAAUCUUCAAAGUUCACCUUCGGCCAUUGAAACUAGACAGUGCCUUGGAAAAGGAGAAAUUGGCUAGAAAACUGGCAUCCUUAACCCCAGGGUUUUCAGGAGCUGAUGUUGCCAAUGUCUGCAAUGAAGCUGCUUUGAUUGCUGCAAGACACCUUUCAGAUGCCAUUAACGAGAAGCACUUCGAACAAGCGAUUGAGCGAGUGAUUGGUGGCUUGGAGAAAAAAACCCAAGUUCUGCAGCCCGAGGAGAAGAAGACAGUAGCUUACCACGAAGCAGGCCAUGCGGUCGCCGGCUGGUAUCUGGAGCAUGCAGACCCGCUCUUAAAGGUGUCCAUCAUCCCGCGUGGGAAGGGGCUGGGCUAUGCUCAGUACUUGCCCAAGGAGCAGUAUCUGUACACAAAGGAGCAGCUGCUGGACAGGAUGUGCAUGACUCUGGGUGGCCGCGUCUCCGAAGAGAUCUUCUUUGGAAGAAUUACAACCGGCGCCCAGGAUGACUUGAGGAAAGUUACCCAGAGUGCCUAUGCCCAGAUUGUCCAGUUCGGCAUGAAUGAGAAGGUGGGGCAGAUCUCAUUUGACCUCCCACGCCAGGGGGACAUGGUAUUAGAGAAGCCUUACAGUGAAGCCACAGCGAGGAUGAUAGACGAUGAAGUGAGGAUUCUCAUUAAUGAUGCCUAUAAAAGAACUGUGGCUCUUCUCACAGAGAAGAAGGCUGAUGUAGAGAAGGUUGCUCUUUUACUGUUAGAAAAGGAAGUAUUAGAUAAGAAUGAUAUGGUUGAACUUCUGGGCCCCAGACCAUUUACAGAAAAAUCCACGUAUGAAGAAUUUGUGGAAGGCACUGGCAGCUUGGACGAGGACACUUCACUCCCUGAGGGCCUUCAAGAUUGGAACAAAGAGCGGGAGAAAGAGAAGGAGAAGGAGAAGGAGGAGCCCCUGAGUGAGAAGGUUGUCAGCUAGGCUCAGGGCUGGAGGCCCCUUACUGUCCUCCCAGGGCUUCAGCAGCCGCCUUCAGAGCAGCAGCCCCGCUGCAAAGCCAGCUGCUGACUGAGCCAGGCUAGCAGAGGGCCUGCACUGUGGUUGCAGGAGUGCCAGCAACUGCCCAGGCCUUCCAAGGGGACUCUCCUGCCCCUCAACCUUAGCCUCAUGAACAGUGGCUGGAACAGGAGAGAUGACUCCACCUGUCCUGUGGAAUCCUAUUCUGUGGUAGGAGAAUGUUUUCCCGUUACCUGCUCUCCAUUCUUCCUACUUUGAUAUCUCUGCAGAAGUGCUGUGAAAAAUUCAGUUCGAGACCUUUGAUUUAAGCAAAUAUUUUAAAAUUUGAAUUCAGAUCACUUAUUGCUAUUUCAAUAGAAUGGUUUUCUAUAGGGAACUGUAACAUAUUUAAAAACCUGAAUGUAUUGUGUAAAUAUGGAUUCUUUACAUCAGAAAUAAAAGGUGGACAUUGUACUUUUUUCCUGAA